UGAUUGAUAUUCGCACCGAGGUCCGAACUCCGAGAUAGUGUUGAGUGUUGACUUUUGAGGUUAUGGCGAUGUGUGUAAAAUGUGAAAUAAAUAAUUAAGUUUACGUCUUUUGAUUCACGGUUUCCAAAGGGACUAUCUUUUUUGACGGCUUUUUUAUAACAACUACAUAUUGGUACAUUUUAAAACAAAAUGUUGUUCGACGACUUUAAACCGAUUGUAGAUAUUGUUUUGAAUAACUGGACCGCUUUGCAACUGGCUGUGGAGCACGGAAUGGGCGCUCCUGGCGGUAAACAGACUGCACAACUUAUGUCAGUGUAUGUGACAAGAUUCUGUGUUGAAAAUAUUUUGGAUGCUGAUGAACUAACUGAAGUGUUAGAAGAUUUGAUGGAUGAAGAAUUUGAGACUGCAUGUCAUGACAACUCACCUAGAGAAGUUGCAACCCUGCUUUUGAGUUUCCUUAAUUUAUUAAAAAAUGGUCAUCAUGAAGAACUCAGAAAUAGAAUUGAAGCAAUGCCAAAAUGUCAAAAAUGGUUGAGUGCACCAAUACCAGAUAAAUCAGCUCCGCCCCAGACCCAUGGCAACCCUGAUGAUGAUACAACAAGUAGCAGUGGUGAAGAUGAUGAGAGUAAUAUGAAAGAUACCUCUAAUAGUAAUAUAGCAGCUGAACCUAUGGAUGAGGGUGAGCCUGGCUGGACAGUUGUAAGGACACGGACGAAAAAAUAAUGUUUAUACUUCAUGGUUAAAGUAUAUAUUAGAGAUGUUAUGGAUAUGACAUUUCAGCUCUGGAUACGGAUAUGGAUAUAGGAAUAAAAUUAUAUCGGUUUCGAAUACGGUUACGGAUAUGUAAAAAUGAAAUAAAUUUAAAAUUUUAGAUGCCCUUAUACGAAAUAUCCGAAAUUUGUGAAACGGUUACGAAUAUAUUUUUAUUUCGGAUAUCCGAUAGUUUCGGUUACGGUUACGGAGCUUCAUAACAUCCCUGGUAAAUAUAUAAUAAUUUUAGUUAAAGGUGCAUUACUUGAUUGAAAUUAGAGGCUAUAACUGAAGAUUGUUCAGUUAAGUUGUAGUAGAUCAUACAGAAUUUGUAUCUCUACAAACAGACUAUGAGUUUUAACAAUUACAACAAGUGAUAUUUAUUUGGAGAGAGCCAGUAUAACACAUCUCCCUUAUGGUAAUGCUAGCUCUAUUUUAAGAUCAGGUUGAAUAAUGCAACUUUAUAUUGUUAUUUGUUAUUGUUAUUGCAAAAUGACUAGGUUAACCCACAAGUUUAUUUAUUAGAUGCAGAAAGUUAAAAGGUUAAAUGUCAGUGCCUUGUAUUUUAUAACAACACACACAACACAUCCCCUUCAACCAGAACAUUCAUCAUGAUCUAUUUUAGAACUUAGAGUUAUUAUUAAACUUGGUUAUAUAAUUCAAUAAAUAGAACCCAAUUAGAACUUCUCAAUAAGUUCUUUUCAUAAAAGUCAUAUGAAGUCCUUUAUAAGUUGUGAUAAUUGGUUGAAUCAGUCUUUUGAACUUUUUAUAGUACCAUUGAACAUAUUUUGUGAGACUGUUUUUACUAGUUGGCAUUAUUAUAAAAACUGGACUAAAAAUAGUAAUGAGUUUAUUUAACAUAUUUAAUAAUAUGGUUAAAAUGAAUGUUAAAAAUUUAGGCAUAAAUAGGAAGUCCUUUUUAAAGCUUUGAUAGAAAGGCAAUGCAAAACAUAAAUAUUUCAAUUUCACAUAGUAGUGGAUUAGACAUAGAGAGUAGGUAGCGUUGAUUAUAAGAACUCAACUUUUUAAAGGUGUUUAAAAAUUGUCAUGGUUAUA